CCAGUCAUCAGGCACUACGAACAUGGCGGCGGCAGACCGAGCUGCAGAGACGUUUUCCAAAUGCGAAGGUCAGCGCCGGACAUAACAUAGAGGGUUUUAACUACGUGUGAAGUUGAUGAUGACUAAAGAUUAUCAUUUAUUCUACUGCUGCAGAAAUGCCUUGGGGGUGUUUUUUGGAAUAAAUCCAAGUUGCUGAUAUGCGUUGAGGAUGAGUGGUGCGGGUGAAAAUACCUCUGACCCUGCAAGGGCAGAGUCCAAAAAGCGCAAAGAAUGUCCAUCUGACCAGCUGGGACCCAGCCCUAAAAGAAGCACUGAAAAACGCAAUCGCGAGCACGAAAAUAAAUACAUCGAGGAACUUGCUGAGCUGAUCUUUGCAAACUUCAACGAUAUCGAUAACUUCAAUGUUAAGCCUGACAAAUGUGCAAUCUUGAAAGAAACUGUGAAACAGAUUCGUCAGAUAAAAGAACAAGAACAAGCUGCUGCAGCCAAUGAAGAGGAGGUGCAAAAGGCUGAUGUGUCGUCGACAGGCCAAAGUGUUAUUGACAAAGAUGCCCUUGGACCAAUGAUGCUUGAGGCCUUAGAUGGGUUCUUCUUUGUAGUGAACCUCGAGGGAAACAUUGUGUUUGUGUCUGAGAAUGUGACCCAGUACCUGAGGUACAACCAGGAGGAGCUCAUGAACACCAGUGUGUACAGUGUCCUGCACGUGGGGGAUCAUGCAGAGUUCAUCAAAAACCUGCUGCCUAAAUCUCUAGUGAAUGGGGUACCCUGGCCAAACGAGAACCCGCGGAGGAACAGCCACACGUUUAACUGUCGGAUGCUGGUCAAACCUCCCAGUGACUCAGACGAGGAGGGCCAUGACAACCAGGAAGCGCAUCAGAACUACGAAACUAUGCAGUGUUUUGCUGUCUCCGAACCAAAGUCCAUCAAAGAAGAAGGAGAAGAUUUGCAGUCCUGUUUGAUAUGUGUUGCAAGACGAGUUCCUAUGAAGGAAAGGCCAGUCCUUCCAACUCAUGAGAGCUUUACCACGAGGCAGGAUCUGCAAGGCAAGAUUACAUCACUAGACACAAGUUUGUUACGAGCCUCAAUGAAACCUGGCUGGGAGGACUUGGUGAGACGAUGCAUUCAGAGGUUUCACCUGCAGAACGACGGGGAAAUGUCAUUCGCCAAGCGGCAUCAUCAAGAAGUUCUGAGACAAGGACAAGCUUUCAGUCCCACGUAUCGGUUCUCUCUGUCCGACGGCACCAUUGUCACUGCCCACACAAAGAGCAAACUUGUGCGAUUUCCAACCACAAAUGAGCCGCAGCUUUAUAUGUCACUACAUAUUCUACAAAGAGAGCAGAAUGUUUGCGGGAUGAACAAGGAUAUGCCGGGACAAGCCAUAGGAAAGCAAAUGAAUUCUGUCACUUCAAUGACCCCACCAACCCAGGGAGGCAUGCCUGCUGGAAUGCCAGGUCAGGAUAUGACUGUAAGCAGCAAUACAAACUUCAGAGCUGUUGGCGGGCCGAAGGAUCAGACUGUUAUGGGGCAGAUGCCGGGCAGUAGGUUUGGGUGCCAGGGAGUAAUGAACCACUCUCCUGGCAUGCAGGCGGCCACUCCUCAGGGUAGUAACUAUGCACUCAAAAUGAAUAGCCCGUCGCAAAACAGUCCUGGCAUGAACCAUGGGCAGCAAAACUCAAUGCUGUCUCCCAGGCACCGCGUCAGCCCCGGCGCGACGGGCAGCCCACGCAUCCCCCCCACUCAGUUCUCCCCUGCAGGAAGCUUGCACUCGCCAGCAGGACUGUGCAGCAGCACAGGAAACAGCCAUAGCUAUACCAGCAGUUCCCUUAAUGCACUUCAGGCCCUCAGUGAAGGCCAUGGGGUCACCAUCGGGCAGUCUUUAAGUUCACCCGACAGGAAAUUAGGUAAUGCGCAGAGUUCUCCCAUAAACAUCAGCCCUCACCCGCUGACCAAGAUGAGCAGCUCAGACUUUAAAGAAUCCUUUGGGUUGUUUGGGGAUCAGGCCCCCUCAGAGACGAGUCAACAGGAGGGGAGCUGCCAUCCUGGAGAGCAGAAGGACAAUGGCGAAAAUAGUCAAUUCAGCAGCGGAGAGAGGACCGAGGCACAAAACCGACUGCAUGACGGCAAGGGGCCCACAAAACUCUUGCAGCUGCUAACCACCAAGUCCAAUCAGAUGGAACCUUCUUCACCUUUACCAGGUACUAGCGGAGACUAUAAUAACAAGGACUCCAUGGGCAAUGCCAUAGUAGGGGGCAACCAGUCGGUUGGAGGAUCUCUGGGGCAUGGAACUUCACUGAAGGAGAAGCAUAAGAUUUUGCACAGACUCUUACAAAACAGUAGCUGUUCUGACUUGGCCAAACUUACAGCAGAAGCCACAGGAAAAGACCUCAGCCAGGAAGGCAACAAUACAGGUCCUGGCACCGAAAUGACAAUUAAACAGGAGCCAAUGAGCCCCAAGAAGAAAGAGAAUGCGCUUCUUCGCUAUUUACUGGAUAAGGAUGAUACUGGUUUACAGGAGAAAAACAUUAAUUUAGGGGAGAGCAAGAUAGACCCUUGUAGUAGCACUAAGAAGUCAAACACAAAGACGGAGAAACAGGAUCCGGGCUAUGAGCGAUCAGAACAGUCGAGUGAAUUGGAUGACAUUCUAGAUGACCUGCAGAAUAGCCAGCCCCAGCUUUUCUCUGACACCCGGCCUGUUUCUGUAUCUGCGCCGGUGGACAAACAAGCCAUCAUCAACGACAUCCUUCAGAUCACCGGGGAAAACAGUCCUGCUGCAUCCCUGGGUCCACAGAAACAAUUUCCUGGCAUGCUGCAAGGCACCUUCAGUAACCCCAGGGCAGGCCAGCCUGGCAGAGGCCAACCUGUCCGUAGCAUGGACGUCAAUGUGCCGACUCAAGCCUCUUCAGGACCUUUCCAAACCAUGAGAAACAACAGUCCGUAUUCGGUCAUGUCCCAGCAGGGAAUAAUGGGAAAUCAGGUGAUGAUGUCAGGCCAAGCAAAUUUAAUAAACACAGGGAUGCUCGGUGGUAACCCUCCGAGAGCCAACAUGCCGUCGGGAGACUGGGGGCCUCUGGGCGCUGUCGUCAACAGCACCAACUCGGCAGUAUCCGGCACCAUCAACAGACCAAUGCAGCCAGGAGCUGGAGGCAUGGUCCGAAACACAGCGCCAGGGGUCCCGAUGAGGCCCAACAACCAGUCUGGCCCGAGACAGAUGAUAUCUCAAAUAAUGGGUAUGGCCCAACCUGAUCUGGAUAUGGGAAUGUCAGCUUCCCAGUUUACCCAGCAGCAGGUACCACCCAAUCAGACUGCACCUUGGCCAGACAGCAUGCUGCCCAUUGAGCAGGGGCCCUUCAGCAAUCAAAACAGACAAGCCUAUAACAGCUCCCAGGAUGAUUUGCUGUGCACGCCUGCAACCACAGAAGCCCUGACAGAUGAAGGCACUCUGCUCAAUCAGCUCUACUCGGUACUAAAGGACUUUGACGGCCUGGAGGAAAUAGACCGUGCUUUGGGGAUACCUGCGUUGGUCAGCCAGGUAAUCUUUAAACCUGCGCUUCUAUGUUCACGUGAAAUCUGCAGCAAAGAGAGCCAGGCUGUAGACCCUGAGCAGUUUCCAAGCCAGGACCCCAGUAUGAUGCUGGAACAGAAGCCUCCUAUUUACAGCCAGCAGUAUUCUGCUCCACCUCCCAUGCCCCAGGGAAAUUACCCUCCCAUGCAGGAUGCCAGUUUUCACACCUUGGCCAAUCAGAUGGGCCAGAGACCUGGCUACUCAAUGUUGCGCAUCCAGACCAGGCCUGGGCUGCGGCCCCCCGGCAUGGUGCCUAACCAACCCAACCAGCUGAGGCUUCAGCUUCAACACAGACUGCAAGCACAGCAGAACCGUCAGCCACUGAUGGGUCAGCUCAACAAUGUCUCCAACAUGAACCUACCUCUAAGACAAAACGUACCACCCCAGGGAACCAUCAACGCUCAGAUGUUGGCUCAGAGACAGAGGGAGCUCUUGAGCCAGCACUUGCGCCAGCGCCAACUCGAGCAACAGCAGCGGCAGCAACAGCAGCAGCAGCAGAGAGCCAUGAUGAUGCGGGCACAGGGCCUCAACAUCCCGCCAAGCAUGGCAGCAACGGCUUCUGGUGGGAUGCCGGGCACCAUGAGCAACCCACGGAUCCCUCAAGCAAACCCACAGCAAUUCCCAUUCCCUCCAAACUACGGGAUGAAUCAGCAACCUGACGCAGGAUUUGGUGGAGCUGCUGCCCCUCAAAGCCCCCUGAUGUCACCCAGGAUGAGUCACGCUCAGAGUCCCAUGAUGCAACAGCCCCAGGCUAACACAACCUUCCAGUCGUCGUCUGAGUUGAAUGGAUGGUCACAGGGGAAUAUGAGUGGAAACAGCAUGUUUUCGCAACAGUCCUCACCUCAAUUUGGGCAACAGUCAAAUGCCAGCAUGUACAACAACAAUAUGAACAUCAAUGUGUCCAUGGCAACAAACUCCAGCAGUAUGAACAACAUGAACCAGAUGUCGGGGCAGAUUAGCAUGACUUCGGUGCCUACAUCGGGGUUGUCCUCCAUGGGCCCUGAGCAGGUGAAUGAUCCUACUAUGAGGGGAGGAAACCUCUUUCCAAAUCAGUUGCCUGGAAUGGAUAUGAUUAAGCAGGAGGGUGACGGGUCUCGGGUGAGAAAUAAAUACUGUUGACCAACACCACUACUGGGCCCUCAAAACAUUUCCUGGCAAUUCAUUCAGUCAGUAUUUAACAAGUUGACAUUUAUGACAACCAACCAACCAACUGGCUGAUGGAUAGCUUUGCCAGGCCUGCUCGUGGUAGGCUUCUCAAUCAAAAGGAUCUGAGGAUUAAGGGGAUAAAACAAGAACAACAAACAAACCCUGUUACAAAACAUCACAAAGUAGCAACCUCCGCUUGCUUGGUCUCAAGUAAGCGAACUGAAAGCCAGUCAGUGUGUUCAUUGCAUUCACCGUAGUGUGACUUAGGUCUCCCCUGAACAACAAACUGAUAGUGGCAACAGAAUCCUUGUCAGAUGAAUGUAUUCCUUUCUGGGGAAGAUGACCAUUCUCUUGUUCAGUUUUACAGUAUACAUGGUUUGCUUUUCUCUCCUCUGUCUUUCUCUCAUUUGUCACUUUCUCCUUUUUUCUCUUGUUAUAAUGGGGUCAGAAGGCUUUUUGUCAGAAUUCUUCACCGUAUUUUAGAUUUAAGCCUUUUGCUUGGCAGGGUUUGUUGUAUGAAAAAUAAGAAACUGUAUAAACUUUAAGGGUUAAUAAAUGAAUUAGCGAGGUUACAAAGAAUUAAUGGUUUGAAGAAUAUAUACAAUUUUGUAAAAAUUGUUUAGUAUAAAGCCAGACUUAUGUAGUCAACAGAAAAGCAUAUGUGUAUAUAUAUAUAUAUAUAUAUAUAUAUAUAUAUAUAUAUAUAUAUAUAUAUAUCCAUUUUGUUUCUAUCCAAUACUGAUGGUUUAAAAAAAAAAAAAAAAAAUGUGUCUAGAUUAUAUGCCGGAAAGGGGCACUUGUUUCUUGCAGUAAGACCCCAGAAUGGUCCUAUCAGAAAUAUACUCCCAUAAAUGUUGGUCGUUAUCAUUUUGUCAACAGUUUUAAUUUGGCUAAAAUGCCCUUAUAGGUUGGCAGAAAUGUGAUCCUGUUUUUGAGUAGUUCUGAAUUUAUCCUAACCUUUAAAAUACUGUCCCAAUAUCUGGUCUUAAAGUUGCAAUGGCGUGUCUUGUUGGGAAUGGCAUCUAGCACAUGGAGGGUAUGUUUCAGACUGUGCCAAGGAGGGGCGUCACAUACAUCAGAGGCUCCACUUCUACUGGCACAUCUAUUGAAUAUAGAUAUACAAUGUAUAGGUUACCACUUGCAGUGGUGCUGUGAGUUGAAUUAACUGGGGGGGGGGGGGGGGGGGGGG